AUGAAGGAUGAACAUAAUAUUAAAUUCACUGCUCAAGAUUUAUAUGACAAGAAAGCAGACAAGAACCAUACACAUAAAUCCUUCACUACUGUUAGAGCAGACGACAUAAUAUUGAACUUUGACCUUGGUUCAAGUGCACCAUUAGAGAAUCCAAGUACAAGCGUAAAAGAUACUCUUAACAAUUUAGAUAAGAGUUGCAGGAAUACCGAAGAUCAUGCCAGAAACUUUGAAGCAUAUGAACUACCAGCAAUGUUAGAUAAGAAAGCAGAUAAAACUUAUGUGGAUGCAGAACUAACAAAGAAAUUUUCGAAACCAGAUACAAUGACAUUUACAACAGAAAUUAUAAAUGGUGAACCAGCAACUCCAUUUGAAUUUGUUAGAGGUCUUCAACCAGAUACUUUUGAAUUUUUCUUGGAUAAUUCUAUUGAACUAACAUUACAUUAUAAAAGUGGAACAAAUGCAACAUUUCAUCCGGGAGAUACAUUCCAAAUGGUAUUUAAUGACAUAAGUUCUUUAGAAUAUGUUUAUAGAGUUAUGAGCAUAUAUGAUUUAAUAUAUCCUAUAGGAGCUGUUUAUACGUCUAUGAAUCCAAUAAAUCCAAACACUUUAUUUGGUGGUAGAUGGUAUGAAAUAGUUGACAGUUUUCCAUUCUACACUAAUACGCAGUCAAUGAAGAUGGGAGGUUCAAAGAAAAUAGGUAUUGAAAACCUUCCUUCACAUAUGCAUAGGUUCAGUGGAAGAACAUCUGUGGAAGGAAACC